AUGGCCGACUUCAAUCAACUUGUGGCAGAGUGCAAUGUGCCACCAGCAGUAGCAUCCUUGCUCUCGGCUUUUGACAUUGCCUUGUUUGCCCGGUCCUGCACCACUUCGGCAGAGCUUGAAGAGUUGGUGAACCACUUUUUGGCCGAAGCCUCAGUCACGGAGGCCGCCGAGCGAUUCAUCACCAAAGCCUCUUUGCGCUUACUCUUCUGCAAGUGUCGACAGUCAGAGGGCAUGUCAUCUCUCGAAGACGCUCACAAGCCCAGCACCCCGCUUGGAGACGGGCCGGCAGCCGCAACCCCGGAGGCUUGGCCCGCAAAGCUCAGUGGCGAGCGGACGGCGGCGCUUAGGAAGAGGUUCGAAGAGGAUUACCCCACUGAACUUCUUGAUGCCGAGAGCUUUCCAAGCGCCCGCUUACUGGCCCUCACUAACAAGAUGCUUUCCGACAAGGAGGUGCGAUGGAUACCUUGGAAGUAUCGCUUGAGCGCCAGGGCGCAGGAAGACAGCCCCGCUUCUUUUGGCCUUGUCACCCAGCUUUUGUCACUGGCGGCCAAUGCCAUAGCGCUUUGCCAAGGCGCGCACCUGGGCUCUCUGAAGCUUUACAAUAAACGCUUCAUGAGGAUCUGCUUCACCAAAUACGAGGCAGCCGCCAGCCUACGGGGACCCACUACCAUGGAAGCUCAGGCCGCCGAUCGCCGCUGUUGGGAAAUCAUUUCCGACUUAGUCAAUGUGCACCAUUGGAAGCUGGAUGACGUGCUUCACGAGGUGGCGGAGGUGCGAUCGGAUCUGCACAGCUUGCUCGCGCCGAGGCCCUUCAUCCCCAAGCCCAAGUUCGACCCAGACAACAGCUGGAAAUCCCGCUUCACGGGCAACGGACGCGGUGGCAAAGGCGGCGGCCGCGGCGGCAAAGGUCGCGAUGGCAAAGGUGAAAAAGGCGAGCGCUUUGAACGGGGUGGCAAAGGCGGCAAGGGCAAGGACAACAAGCAAGUACCAGAGCGGGCAAUGCAAGGACCCGGCUACCUGCCGUUACUUGCACAGAUGCGCAGUGCCCAAGAGUGCUCUGCAGGGGCCACCUCGACACUGCCCAAGGCAAGUGCCCCGGUGUCCUGUGCAGCUUCUGCACUCAGUGAAGGUUCUCUCGACUUCGCUACAUGCUUGGAGCUUCUAGCGCAGUACUUUUCCACUCCCUUCACUUCUUCUUCUCACUGCCCCGACACCGCCAUUGCAGCUUCUGAGGCAUAUUUCAAUUUGGGUGCUUUUGCCUUUGACAAUGGUACAAGGUCGGGCAUCUUUCAGCGCACAGAACAGUUUUCCGACGUUCUCCGAUUCUUGAACGCUUUUAUGCAGCUUCAGUUUCCAGAAGCUUCUUGGAGCUCCCUCUGUGUCAGCCACAAUGUUCACGCCCGCUUGCAUACAGAUGCUGGCAAUGCUGCAGGGACCCUCAAUCAUACAGUUUCACUCGGUAACUUCAGCGGAGGUGAGGUCUGGCUUUGCCCCGCUUUGGACCCGGAGGCGCCGCAAGUCCCGGCACCCUUGGAUGCUUCAUCUGAGGCGCAGAGUGCAACAAGCGCCGGACAAGGUGAGUUGUGGGAUACCUGGCAUGCGCCGCUCUCCUUCAGCUGUGAAUCGCUUCACUGUACGAUGCCAAUUCAAGGCGACAGGUGGGUCCUGACUGCCUAUACUUGCAAGAACUUGGACCACUUCGAUGCAAAGUCACUUGCACACUUGCGGUCAUUGGGCUUCCCACUCCCAUCGGCAACCCCAGUUAAUCCUCAGCCAAUAUCGCCCCCGCUCAAGGACACAACAUGCGUUGAGCUUUUCCUGGACAUAUGCUGUGGGGCGGCCCGCCCACUUACUACGGCGAUGUCAUCAUGUGGCGUCACUUGUUUGCCCAUUGAUCUGCUUGGCGAGGAGCAACUGGACCUGCUGAACGACGACACUUACGACCACCUCCUGCGGCUGUGUUUUUCGGGGAUUGUCCGCUUGGCUCACGGAUCCCCGCCCUGCAAGGAGUACUCCCGCUUGAAGCUUCGUCCAGGUGUCCCCCCGGCUAUUCGGUCUCCGGAUCAUUUGAAUGGCCUACCAGGGAACACCGCUUCGCAACAAGCCAGGGUACACAGCAGCCAGAAGCUUUUAUACCGCUGUGUCUGCCUGCUCCGAGCUGCCUUUGGUUCAGGUGCACAUGUGUCCCUGGAGCAGCCCACCAACGCUAUGUCUUGGCUGGAACCUUUUGUUCAGGAUAUGCUUUCUGAGAUACAAGCUUCACUGGUCAACAUCCCGGCGUGCUCAGUGGGCCAGGACAUAGCUAAGUCUUGGCUGUUAGCUUGCAGCUACAGUGAAUUCCGCUGUCUGGCAGGUACAUGCGUACAUGAAGGGGGCCACCAGUCUGUCGCAGGUGCCAGGGACGAGCGCGGCAAUUUCUUGUCUCAAAGGACGGCAGAAUAUCCGUCCCAGCUUGCCGGGCGCUUCUCCGAAAAGGCAGUGAACCUGUUUUCUUCAUCCAGACCUUCAUACCCGGUUGCUCCCUGCUCCUUGAAGUUUGCACUUGCCUCUAUUCCCAAAAAGCCACGCUCUGCAACGCCCACAGCCGCACAGGAUGGCGGGGGCAUCUACUCUUUGCCGGACUGGUCUCUUGGCCCAAGGUACCAAUCCGACAGCUUACACGACCUGCGGAAGGAUUGGAAUUUCUCGGUGAAGGAGGGCCAGCCAUACUGCCUGUCUGCGCUGGAACGCUUAAGCACUAUGUUAGGCGACAAAGAGUUGAUUGAGGAGGAAGUUUCAGCCGGCUACAUAGAGGAAGUUCCCAACUUGGAGGCCGCUUAUGAGAGGUGGGGUCGAGAACGUGUUGCAGUUGGUCGCGUGAACAUUGUCAAGGCUCCAGGUCGCGCUCCCCGCUUGGUGAUAGACAACAGUAUUUGCAACACGAACCAGAACUGCCACGUUCCUGAACAGUUCUCCCUGCCGAGCCUCCAGGACAUACAAGCAGCUUACCCUCCGAGGGAAGACGAGGAGCCGGUUUCUGGAUUCAGCUUAGAUGUGAAAGGGGUGGAGGAAUGUCUGCGGCAUCGCCUGGUCAGCCGCAAACAGCUUGACAAACUUCUUGGAAUCCACGCCUACCUGGACGAUAAGCUUCGCUUCACGGGGAGCCCUCCGGGCACCAGCAUCUCUCCAGGCUCAACUUUGCUUUCAGCUCGGCACAAAGCUUUGCGUAGUAAGGACGACCUGGCAUCAGUUCCGGUAAGUACGAAGCGCAUGUGGCUUCGUAUCACAGACCCUACUUCCUCGAAGCGGCGCUUAUCUGAGUCCAGCAGGGAAACACUUGCCUUCUUCGCCCACUUGAGCUCCAGGGAGUGGCGGCCAAGGCCAUUACGACCACCACCUACAAGUGCGGUGGAGUCUGCCGCAGAUGCUUUCGGUAAAGGCAACGAUUGCGGCGUCGGAGGGUCUGCCAAUGCACCCGAUGCCAACUUGGACAUCUCCAGCUACGAGACUCUGGCACAGUGCUUUGUGCUUCUAGCUUUUUGGAAAGCCCAUGGCUCCGGUCGCUUGGCUUUGACAUUACCAGCUUUGAGCGACAAUAGUGGUGCUGAGUCGGUGUGUAACAAACUUUACACCUCUAAAGUACCACUUACUCUUUUUGUUCGCAAGCUUUCAAUGUGGAGCUCUAUUACCGGUGUCACUCUGGAUUGCAGCCAUAUCGCUGGCGAGAAGAACGACGACGCAGACCUGCUUUCUCGUUGGGAUGGCUCCACAGAACUUCCCGACAAGUUCCUCACGUCAAAUCGCAUCGAGCUCUCGCUUUCUGAGUUCUGGCUGAUACGCUUUCAAGUGACACUUUUUCCCGCUGACACAUUUUUAAAAUGGCAGCUUCCGUCAGCUGACAGCUUGGGCCCAACAAACCGUGGUUCCAAGAAGCGCAAGUAG